CGGCAGCGCCCGGGACGGGCGGGCAGAUAAAAUACUUGUUUUGUGGAAGGCGAGUUCGCAUUGCCAGUGAGCGAAGUGCCCUCAUCAGAAAAAAAAAAAAAAAAAAAAAGAUGGAGGAAGCAGAAGAGGAUGACAUGACAUGUGGAGACCUGGGAAAUGGACUUGGGAGGAGACCUGGAGGUCUUUAUGAAGGGGAAAAUGUACAAAAUUACUGUUCGUUUAGAUUUAGGAAGGGAUCUGGGAAAGUUGGCAGUUCUCUCUUGUCAGCAAAAAAAGUGGAAGAAAACGAUGCUGCAGCUUUUCCCCAUACAAAACGAAACAGUUCGCACAAUGGAUCAUCCAAAAAGCCUGUUACUAGUCUCACACAACAAAAUAGCUCUGCAUCUCAUUGUUUACUAUCUCCUAUCAAUCCUACAGAAUCUAAUACUGAAGCAUCAAAUGAAGAACUAAAGCAACAACUUUGGGAAGCUCUAGAGGAAGUUGAAAAUUUGAAAGUUGAGCUGGAAGCGUCUCAAAGACAGCUUGAAGGAAAAGAUGAAGCCCUAAGAAUUCUGCAGAGCAUGGAAGUAUUUAAUAAAGCCACUAGUCAUACAAAAGCAAUGCUUCAAAAAACUGAGGAAGAAAAGAGAACUUUAGAAAAGGAAAUAAACAUCUUGCAAUGGGAAAUCGAAUUUGAUCAGGAUAGAUUUAAAAACAUAGAAGACACAUGGACAGAAAAAUAUGACAGGAUAUAUUGUGAAAAUGCAGCUCUUAAGGAAGCACUGAAACUGAGAACAGAAGAAAUUAAAACUCUUAAGGCUGAAAAUGCAAUCCUGAAUCAGCAGUGCUUGGAAUUUCUUGCAAUGCUAGAUGUGAAACAACAGAAGGUUGUUCAGGAAAACAUGUCCUUGAAUAAAAGUAACAUUACAGAUUUUACUGGUCUUGAACUGGCAGUUCUUGGAGCCUGCACCUGCAGUACUUCUGGAGGGCAACCUUGUCCCUGUGCUAAAAUGGCAGCUGUGACUCGAAAGCAACUUCUUCAUCUCAAGCAAGAGAUGGAAAAUCUGAAGAAGAGUAAAGAUGAAGCUUAUAUAAUGGCAGAUGCCUUCAGAAUUGCAUUUGAGCAGCAGCUAAUGCAGAGGAAGGACCAAGCCCUGAGGCUUGCAGAAGUGAUAAAGAUUAAGAAGGAAACAAAAUUUAUAAACUGGAGACGUCUGAAGAAUGAUGGACGUGUCAAGUUACAAGGGAACAAGAACAGUCUGGGUCAAAAACUGUCUGGCCUGCUGUCAUCAGAUGUGGACUGCAGGAAGGUUGAAGAACUAGACAAUCCUCAAGAAAUUCUGAAGAUGUUAAUAGAUUUGGUAAAUGACAAAGAGGAGGCUCUGGCUCAUCAAAGAAAAGUUAGUUACAUGCUAGCUCGAGCCAUAGAGAUGAAAGAGGAUGUUUUAGAACAGGAGAGAAGAAAUGGCACUCUGGGGUGUCGUGAGUACGAAACCCAGGGGUCAUCGAGCCCUGUAGACGCCUGCUGCCAAAAGCCCUGUUCUCAGAACAGUAUUUCUUCAGUUCCAAGUGCAAAAACAUUUGAAAAUCCUGUAAAAACGCUUCGAAAAUCACACUCCUGGCCGUCUGAGACUACAUGCUAUGAAGAAACGAGUCCACAUGGAAAGGCAGACGAAACUGUAGUGAUCUCUAUAUAACCAUGCGCU